UGUGUUUCGAUCGCUGUUCCCACUCGCGACCGCAGCCACAACCAAUUUCGCUCUGCAAGCAGCUGUAAGCAGAGGACUGAAAACUCCUCUGGGCGCCGACCGCGCUACAGCAAAGCUCUCUCCAAACGCCAUCGCCACACCACAUAAAAGAUGCCGGCCGCGUCCCCCGCCAUGUUGCUGUGGUGGCUCGCCGCGUCGCUGAGCAGCGCGGUUUAUUUUCACCCGGAAGUGAUGCUCGACGAGCGGACGGAUUUGAGUCGCUUUGUUAGAUCGUUGCACGUGACGACGUGCGCGGCCAUGGCGUCGUUGGCCGUGGCUGCGUUGUUCCCGUCGCGCAUCGACGUGGCGUUAUCGUGUGCCGGCGAUGCGCCUGAAGCAUUGAGGUGUCUGACGGCCUACGGCUUGGUGUACGUCUGUGGGUUAUUGUGUUUGUUGCUCGAGACUUUAUUGAGGCACGGCUUAUUCUCAAGAGCUUGUGCGAUGCGGAUAUCGCAGGCGGCCCUCGCGUCGCUCUUUGGGCAAGUAGUUAGUCAUAGAGGCGAGCUGCUCUGCGCCGCACAACGAAGCGGCGAGACGCCGCGCGCGCGCAUGACGUUCUGCGCCGUCUACGCCUGGGCCGCGCUCGCCUUCCAGCUGUGCAACCGCAUCGAGGCGUCGUUGGAUGAUAGGGCACUCGAUGGUGAGAGCGACGACGACUUUUCCGACGACGACGACGUCGAGGCGGGCGACUUCGUCGCCGACGCGGCGGCGGGCCUGAAGGCGGCCAUGUCGACCGUCGAGAACGACCUCCGAUCGACCAUCAAGGGGGAUAAGAAAUAUUAAUGAACA